AUGGCCAAUAGCAAGUAUGAGUAUGUGAAGAGGGAGUUCGAGUUCAAUCGCCAGCUCCCGGCCUCCAACUGGAUCGUCCUCCGCAUCGAUGGUUGCCACUUCCACCGAUUCUCGGAGUUGCAUGCCUUUGAGAAACCAAAUGACGAGAGCGCUUUACGAUUGAUGAACGCCUGUGCCACUUCUAUGCUCAAGAAAUACAAUGACAUAGUGUUUGCUUACGGUGCUAGCGAUGAGUACAGUUUUGUCUUUAGAGAAGAAACAGAAUUAUAUAAUAGGCGAGAAAGCAAAAUUCUCUCUAAAUGUGUUUCUUACUUCACAUCUGUAUACAUGAGGAAGUGGAAAGAUUUCUUUCCUAAUAAUGAUUUGAAGGAACUUCCAUACUUUGAUGCGCGAGUUGUAUGCUAUCCAAAUAUGAAGACUGUUCGUGAUUAUUUGGCAUGGAGACAAGUGGAUUGUCAUAUAAAUAAUCAGUACAAUACAUGCUUCUGGAUGUUGAUACAGUCCGGAAAAACCAAAAAUGAGGCAUAUCAAGCAUUGAAGGGAACAUCUUCUAAGGAUAAGAACAAGUUGCUUUUGCAACAGUUCCAAAUCAACUAUAAUGAUGAAUCGGCUAUGUUUCGGAAAGGAUCCACUGUUUAUCGAGAUAAGGUCACGAAGGUGAAAACAGACGACUAUGGGAAUCCCAUAAAAAGAACCCGUCAGGCAAUUAUAGUGUCAAAUUUUGAUAUCAUAGGUCCCGAGUUUUGGGAAAAACAUCAAUACAUUCUUGGAAAAGCAUCAGACUGCCAGUAUCUUUGGGGGAAAGAAAAAUAUGGAUACGAGUAUGUGAAGAAGUUUGUUAACAUCCCUAGGUCUCCAUGUUCCAAUUGGACCAUUGUUCGUAUUAGCGCCUGCCAAUUUGAUCAAUUCUCACUGAUCCAUUCAUUUGACAAGCCAAAUGAUGAGACCGCUUUAAGAUUGAUGAACGCUUCUGCUUCACUGAUGAUGGAGCAAUUUCCUGAUAUUAUCUUUGGCUAUGGUUUUAACAACGAGUACAGCUUUGUGUUCCAGGAGAACACUGAAUUGUACAAUAGAGAGGAGAGUUGA